AUGCUCGCCCGCGGCGCGCUCUGCCGCUUGGCAGUUGAUUUACCCAAAACAUCGACACACGACCUCCCGCGCAUCUCCCAGCUACUCCGAACCAACCUCUUCGCCCGCCAUGGCGCUUCCCAGCCGACGGUCGGCGCAAUCGCACGCGCGUUCCGAGCUACAAUUCUUGAAAGUCGCCGCGCAUAUGCCACCAAGAGCGCGACAGAGCCCACCGCGCGAGUCAAGAGGGAGGUGAAGAAGGCAGUCGCGAAGAAGCCCGCGAAGAAGACGACGACUACGACGAAGACGAAGAAGGCGGCACCCAAGAAGCGCAACACUGCAGCAAAGACGAAGGCUGCGCCCAAGAAGUCAGUCAGGAGGCCAAAGAAGGUGCUCACAGCAGAGGAGAAGGAGGCCGCGAAGAUCAAGGCCCUGAAGAAGACAGCGCUCCGUUCGCCGCUGAGACCUCGCGAGAACGCAUGGACCGUGUUCGUGAGCGAGGCGCUCAAGGGCUCCAAAAACUUAGCAGAUUCGCAGGGAAUAAUGAAGGAAGCAGGCGCAAAGUACAAGAACUUCACACCAGCUGAAAGAGAGCAUUACAACCAGAUCGCCAAACAGAAUGCUGAAGCCAAGAUCGCAGAGUACAACAAGUGGAUCCACUCGCACACACCAGAAGAGAUCCGCGCCGCCAACCGCGCGCGCACUGCUCUGAAGCGCAAGCUCGGCCUCAAGAAUGUUUCCGGUGCUCGGUAUGGCAAAUUGAUAGAUGACCGCCCCGGAGCCUCUGGCAAGAAGAGCCCGUACAUCUUGUUCGCCGCUGAGCGUCUGAACUCUGGCGAAUUCUCAGGUAUCGCCGGCCCCGAGAGGCUUAAGCUUGUGGGAGCCGAAUGGAAAGCGCUCAAUGCUAGCGAGAAGAAGAAAUAUGAGGACCAAUCCGCUGCUUAA